AUGUCUGCCGACCUCAAGACACUCUUGUCGCUCCCCGCUGAGAUCUGCGAACUAACAGCCAACUGCCUCGAAGCCUCCGACCUGCUCACAUUUCGUAGUCUAUGCAAAGAAAUCGAGGCCAAGACAUACAGAGUCUUCUCGAGCACUUGCUUUGGACGUCGUACCCUGCGGCUCUCCUCAGGGCAAAGCCUUCGCCAUAACCUCAUGGUCCUCGGGCUUCCCACCUUGGGCCCCAUGAUUCGAACCGUCAUCAUCUCUGAGGACAAACAUCAGCCAGGGGCGAUCAGCCGAGCUGCUCUCAGUGCAGCAGUUCUCCAGAAAAGCAGAGUCGACUUCAGGCUUUUGCGAAGGUACUUCCGCCAGCUUCGCCAUCUCGGACUCCAGGUCAAAGUCGUCGUCCCUGCACGUCGUGGAAGUGGAGCUAUGCGACACUUCUCCAUCGAUGGCGACGUUCCGUCCGACCAUGCGUGGCACCUACCAGUCCACAAAUUGAUCGAAACCAACGGUCUCGGUCUAUUGCACAAGGUUUUCACGUCUGUGGAGUCCUUAACGCUGGACGUUUGGGUCGAGGACGAAGGGCUCCUCACUUCGACCACCCCUUUCUUCGCUUGCAUCGCCUCGCUACCCAGCCUGCGAAGCCUGACCAUCUAUGGACAACACCGCCACUAUGAGUCACUGAAAGGCUUUGACGUCGACGCUUAUGCGAUUGCAGAAGUUCUCCUCCAGCAGGACUUCCCUCGCCUAAGGGUAUUGAAGCUGUGGGGAUGCGUCGUGUUCGUCGAUUUACUUGUCGACUUUCUGCGUCGUCAUCGGCAGGACCACAGGUCGGAAGAGUUCCAGAUGGGUCGGCUGGAUUGGGAGUGGGAUGACUUCGAUGAAGAGUUCGAUCGUGGAAAUGAGGCGGAGAUGAGCAAUGAAACCCUACAGACGCUGACCGGAGUACGAGUCGAGUACUUCAAAGAAGGAUAG